UGUGCUCCGCUCCGCGCCCUCCCCCGCCUCGCCCCUGCCUUGCCGCUGCUCCCCUCCCCACAGCGGCGGGGGCAAUGCCUCCUGCAUACGUGAUGAAGUGAGAGCGACCGGGCUGGGCUCCGCCGGCAGCAGAGAGCCGAGAGCCCGGGCGCCUCCGCACUGCAGCCCCCUCCCACCGGCGGCGGCGGGGGGCGGCGCGGGGACGCGGCUGGCUGCGGAGCGCGGCGCUCGCAGCUCCCGGGCAGCAGCGUGCGGCCGCGGGCAGCCGGCGCCAUGCUGAACAACCUGGCCGACUGCGAGGACGGCGACGGCGGCGCCAGCCAAGGCGAUGGCAAUCCCAAGGAGAGCAGCCCCUUCAUCAACAGCACGGACCUGGAGAAGGGCAAAGAGUAUGAUGGCAAGAACAUGGCCCUCUUUGAGGAGGAGAUGGACACCAGCCCCAUGGUCUCGUCCCUGCUGAGCGGGCUGGCCAACUACACCAACCUGCCGCAGGGCAGCCGGGAGCACGAGGAGGCUGAGAACAAUGAUGGGGGCAAGAAGAAGCCGGUGCAGGCCCCGCGGAUGGGCACCUUCAUGGGCGUCUACCUGCCCUGCCUCCAGAACAUCUUUGGGGUCAUUCUCUUCCUGCGCCUCACCUGGGUGGUGGGGAUUGCUGGCAUCAUGGAGUCCUUCUGCAUGGUCUUCCUCUGCUGCUCCUGUACAAUGCUGACGGCCAUUUCCAUGAGCGCGAUCGCCACCAACGGCGUGGUGCCAGCGGGUGGCUCCUACUACAUGAUCUCACGCUCCCUGGGACCCGAGUUUGGAGGGGCCGUGGGGCUCUGCUUCUACCUGGGCACCACCUUUGCCGGUGCCAUGUACAUCCUGGGCACCAUCGAAAUCCUGCUGGCCUACAUCUUCCCAGCUAUGGCCAUUUUCAAGGCAGAGGAUGCCAGUGGGGAGGCAGCGGCGAUGCUCAACAACAUGCGUGUGUAUGGCACCUGCGUGCUGACCUGCAUGGCCACCGUGGUGUUCGUGGGGGUCAAGUACGUCAACAAGUUUGCCCUGGUCUUCCUGGGCUGUGUCAUCCUCUCCAUCCUCGCCAUCUACGCCGGUGUCAUCAAGUCGGCCUUCGACCCGCCAAGCUUCCCGAUCUGCCUCCUGGGCAACAGGACCCUCUCGCGUCAUGGCUUCGACCUCUGCACCAAGAUGGUGGUGGAGGGGAACGAGACAGUGGGCUCUAAGCUCUGGGAGCUCUUCUGCACCUCCCGCUUCCUCAAUGCCACCUGUGACGAGUACUUCACCAUGAACAACGUCACCGAGAUCGAGGGCAUCCCCGGUGCCGCCAGCGGCCUCAUCCAAGAGAACCUCUGGAGCUCGUACCUGACCAAGGGCGUGAUCGUGGAGAAGCGGGGGCUGCCCUCCGUGAGCCCCCCCGACACCCCAGUGGACAUGGACCAGCCCUACGUCUUCAGCGACAUGACCUCCUACUUCACCCUACUUGUCGGCAUCUACUUCCCCUCCGUCACAGGCAUCAUGGCUGGCUCCAACCGCUCCGGAGACCUGCGGGACGCCCAGAAAUCCAUCCCCACGGGCACCAUCCUGGCCAUCGCCACCACCUCUGCGGUCUAUAUCAGCUCCGUCGUCCUCUUUGGGGCAUGUAUCGAGGGGGUCGUCCUGCGCGACAAGUUUGGUGAAGCUGUCAACGGGAACCUGGUGGUUGGCACCCUGGCGUGGCCGUCCCCGUGGGUCAUUGUCAUCGGCUCCUUCUUCUCCACAUGUGGGGCCGGGCUGCAGAGCCUCACCGGAGCCCCCCGCCUCCUGCAAGCCAUCUCCAGGGAUGGGAUUGUGCCCUUCCUCAGGGUCUUCGGCCACGGCAAAGCCAACGGGGAGCCGACGUGGGCCCUGCUGCUCACAGCCUGCAUCUGCGAGAUCGGGAUCCUGAUCGCAUCCCUGGACGAGGUGGCUCCCAUCCUCUCCAUGUUUUUCCUCAUGUGCUACAUGUUCGUCAACCUGGCGUGUGCGGUGCAGACGCUGCUGCGGACGCCCAACUGGCGGCCCCGCUUCCGCUACUACCACUGGACCCUGUCCUUCCUGGGCAUGAGUCUCUGCCUGGCGCUGAUGUUCAUCUGCUCCUGGUACUACGCGCUGGUCGCCAUGCUGAUCGCCGGCCUCAUCUACAAAUACAUCGAGUACAGAGGGGCAGAGAAGGAGUGGGGUGACGGGAUCCGGGGGCUGUCCCUGAGCGCAGCCCGCUACGCCCUGCUGCGGCUGGAGGAGGGUCCCCCCCACACCAAGAACUGGAGGCCGCAGCUGCUGGUCCUGGUCCGUGGGGAUCAGGAGCAGAACGUGGUGCACCCGCAGCUCCUGUCCUUCACGUCGCAGCUCAAGGCUGGCAAGGGCCUCACCAUUGUGGCCUCCGUGCUGGAAGGGACCUUCCUGGACAACCACCCACAGGCACAGAGGGCAGAGGAGUCCAUCCGCCGCCUGAUGGAAGCAGAGAAGGUGAAGGGCUUUUGCCAGGUGGUGAUCUCCUCCAACCUGCGGGAUGGCAUGUCCCACCUCAUCCAGUCCAGCGGGCUUGGGGGGCUGCAACACAACACGGUGCUGGUGGGCUGGCCCCGCAGCUGGCGCCAGAAGGAGGACCACCAGACCUGGAGGAACUUCAUCGAGCUGGUGCGAGAGACCACGGCUGGGCACCUGGCCUUGCUGGUGGCCAAGAAUGUCGCCAUGUUCCCGGGCAACCAGGAGCGGUUCUCAGAAGGCCACAUUGACGUCUGGUGGAUCGUCCAUGAUGGGGGGAUGCUCAUGUUGCUGCCCUUCCUCCUGCGGCACCACAAGGUCUGGCGCAAGUGCAAGAUGCGUAUCUUCACGGUGGCGCAGAUGGAUGACAACAGCAUCCAGAUGAAGAAGGACCUGACCACCUUCCUGUACCACCUGCGCAUCACCGCGGAGGUGGAGGUGGUGGAGAUGCACGAGAGCGACAUCUCCGCCUACACCUAUGAGAAGACUCUAGUGAUGGAGCAGCGCUCACAGAUCCUCAAGCAAAUGCACCUCACCAAGAAUGAGCGGGAGCGGGAGAUCCAGAGCAUCACAGACGAGUCCCGCGGCUCCAUCCGGCGCAAGAACCCGGCCAACACGCGCCUGCGCCUGAACGUCCCUGAGGAGCAGGUGGGAGACGGCGAGGAGAAGCCGGAGGAGGAGGUCCAGCUCAUCCACGACAAAAAUGCCACCACCUUCUCCAGCAGCUCCCAGUCCCCGGGCGACGAGGUGGAGACGGCCCCUGAGAAGGUCCAUCUCACCUGGACCAAGGAGAAGUCUGUCGCCGAGAAGAACAAGAGCAAGAGCCCCGUCAGCCCUGAGGGCAUCAAGGACUUCUUCAACAUGAAGCCGGAGUGGGAGAACCUGAACCAGUCCAACGUGCGGAGGAUGCACACGGCUGUGAAGCUCAACGAGGUGAUCGUGAAGAAGUCCCAGGAUGCCAAGCUGGUCCUGCUCAACAUGCCGGGGCCUCCCCGCAACCGGAAAGGGGAUGAGAACUACAUGGAGUUCCUGGAGGUGCUGACGGAGCACCUGGACCGAGUGCUCCUGGUGCGCGGUGGGGGCCGGGAGGUCAUCACCAUCUACUCCUGAAACACGGCGCGCAAGAGAGGUUUGUCUGCACGCUGCGAGCCCCGCCACCCCUUUGCACCGUGCUCCUGGACGGGAGGAGGGAAGGCCUGAUGGCAGCUGGUGUGCAGAAACUUCACCUGGCUUUGGCCGUGCCCCUGAUCUCUCCAUUCGAACUGCAGCACCAGAUCUUCCGGGAGCAUCCAGCACCAGAGCAGCUGUUCCUCAUUGCAACAUCACAGCACUGCUGUCCUUGUUUAUAUAUAAAUAUAUACACUGUACCACGGACUGAGCACCGGAGCCCAGCGCCGACGCCACCGCCCGUCCCCGGCAGGGCCAGCCCCGCCAUCAGCCCCAGCACUGCUGCUUGCAGCCCCCCGGCCGGGCAGGAGGGUGGCUGUGCCCAGACGGGCGCCUGGCCCCGCCGUGCCGCUACCCCUGCGCGGAGCUUGGCUGGACGCGCCUGUGCCCUGUGACCGCCCGCUGCUGGCGCCAUGCCUCCCCGCCGAGGCGCUGGGAGAAGAGAGAGGCCACCAGCACGCUUUCCUCGCCGGACGCUCCUCUCCCCACCUCCGGCAGUGACUGGGGUUGCCUGCCAUGGUGUUGCUCCCCCCCUGCCCCGGCCACCCCUCGCCAGGAUGGGCUCAGACAGCCCCACCUCGGUGCCGCUCGUCUCUGGAGGCCGUGGGCUGAGCUUGCGGAGAUGCAGCGUGAUGGUUUGGAGGGGGCAGAGGGUGGGGGGCAGCUGCAGGGUGGGGGGGUUGGGUGCCGGAGCGCAGCGAUCCCGCGACAGCAUGAACCCCGACCUGGGGUGGGUGGGUGAGGGGUGCUCACUGUCCCACUCCCCACUGACUCCAGGCUCUCUCUGCCUUGGUGCUCUCCUGGUGCUUGUGCAGCGGUCGCGGCGUGGGGCUGCGGCAUGUGGGGCUGAGGAGAGGCCCCACCGUGUACAGCGCGAGCCGGGGCCGCUCUCCGGCUGCCGUUGCUGCGUGGGUGCCGCUGACCCCCAAGGCACCAGCGCCUACUCUUGGCCUGGGUGCAGAGGAGUCCCCUCCCGUUCCCCCCUGCUCCCCAGCCACAUUACACUGGGGGCUCGCAGCCCCCCGGCCCCGGCCACCCUGGCUGGUCCCAGCACCUACACGUGCACCUGGGUCCCCCCAUGCCCCGCUGUGCUCCCUCCUGCUCCCCGGGGCUUCGCUGCUAACCCGGCCCCAGCCGCAGGUGGUCGCAGACGCCGCUGUGGGGCUGUCGGAAAGUCCGGAUCUGUGGGUAGUUUUACCAUAUGCAAAGUCUGUUUUGGUCUUACAGGGCCAGACCCCGCAGUGAGGGGUGGCUGUAGGGGUCCCACCGCCCCCCCCUCACCACAGCACUCCCUCACCCGGCUGGCCAGGGCGACCCAGGCACUGGCCGUGUGGCCACUGCACCCCAAAGCCCGUCCCUUCCCGCUGGCCCACGCCUCAGCAGGCAGCCCCCACGCACAGGCAGCAGGGCGCACCGGGGCAGUUCAAACACGUCUUACCUUUGGCAGCAGCUGCAGGGUCACCCCGCCCCCCCCCACCCCCUGUCGUCAUCGUCCCCCCAGCAUCUCUCGCGCCAGAGAAACUGAGGAGCUUUUAACAAAUGUGAAUGGUUCCAGGAACCACGCAGGAAGCGGUGCCGAGGGCAGCCGGGGCGCCCGCCGGCGCCCGCCCUGGCCCCAUGUACAUAGUGUACAUAAUACAGUACGUGUAUUUUUAAAGUGAUCAUAUUUAUGUUAAUAGAACCAGAUGAAGUCUAUAUAUAGAGAUCUAUAUCUAUUCUGAGAGAUGCAGGGCUCUGCUAGCACCAGGCCGCGGGGACAGAGAGCCGAGACGGGCUGCUCCCGCACCAAACGGGCGCCCGUCCGUCGCACCGAGUGCUCUGGAGCGGUGGUGAAGGCUACGGCCUUCCCCGGCCACCGGCAGCCCCUGGGAAAGGGCCAGGUCACAGCUUCAUUCUCUUCUCAAUUUAGCUUCUUAAGAGUUUUCAGGGAAAAGAAGUCACAGACUUUUCUGAACUUGUUUCACAGCAGAUUUGAGCUUCCACUCGAAGUGCAGCCUGCUAAGAGUUGCCCUCUCCCGGCAGUGCUGGCUGCUUUCUACCAGCUUGGCCCCAAGCGGCAGCGAUUUGUCCCCCGGCCAGAGCUGAGCCCCUGUGCUGGAGCGCUCGCCCCAUCGGCCCCCCCCAGACCGCUCCCCAACGCCGCCCCGCACCCCAGCAGCCUCCCGGCCGGCGCAGAGUGGCCACCACAGUGUCCCCACCGGUGGCCUGGCAGUGGCUACCUCCAGCCCCCUGCCUGCCCGUCCCUCCUGCCCGCUGAGAGCGGCCGCAGCCCACGGCUCCUGCCUCACUGAGGGCAGGAACCUCCCUCUGCACUGGACGAUUCCAGUCCCCGCUCCCUCUGCAGAGCUUCUCUAUCCUCCGGGUCCAGGCCAAAGCUAUUUUGGGCCGCCUGGAUAAAAAGCAGUGUGUUUUUUGAUAUUGAGGUGUAUUUUUUUGCUUUAAGAUACUACUUGGGCAUACUCCCAAAACCAAAACCAAGCCCCAGCUGCACAUCUGUGCCUGCUCAUACCUUGCUCCUACAUUUCCAUCACUCCCAAAGUGCCUCCCUUCUCUCCGGCAGCAGCCCCAGCCACAGCCAGACUUUCUGCUGCGGUAGCUCGGCUAUCUGCGCGGCUGCGUCGGUCUGUGUGGCAGACCCUGGUGUGGGAGCCAGUCCCAGGGGCAUGGGGAGCUCAGCGUUCACAGGAGGGGACCGUCGGGGUGAGCUGAGACCUGGUUUCGGCACAGGAGCUCCAGGCUGAUGAAGGGUGCAGGCGCACAGGGCAGCACUCUCUGGUCCCAUCACUGCCUCACUCGCUCGGGAGCUGCUGAAAGAGCAGGCAGGCGUCUGCAAGCGAAAAGUUCCUUUCGCUUUGCGAAGGGCAGCCCCGUGGGAACCAGGAUUUGCCAGUGUCUAGCUCUCUGCCCUUGGAGCUGGUCCUACAGCGCCACACGCAACCUCACGUGCUGCUGCCAGCCUCCCAAAAAUUAUGUGAGGCACUUCUGUAGCGAAGGGGGAGGCGUGCACAGCAACCUGCCCACUCAUCUCAUCCCCUAGCACCACGCUUGUUGGGCCUACAACGCUUGCCAGCUGUUCUGCUUCUUUCAAAAGAUGCCACCCGCUCCUUGCAGUCACCCUCUAAUUCCAGCUCGGUUGUUGCCCUGCCGUGCCGCUGGGCCCGCAGCGGUGGGUGCUACCCUGCCGCAGCGAGCCUGGUCCCCGCCUGGUCCCCUCCCGCCCCGGCGCAUGGAGCGGGACAUCACCGGGGAUCCCGGUGCAGAGGCAGGUUACGCGCAGCAGCAGCACCCGCCGCCAGCACCUACCUGUGCUGAGACAGCAUCCGCCCUGGGCAGCCUCAGGGCAAAGGGCUCUUCCUUUUGGCCACAGGUAGAGGGUAGCAGGGAAUGGCGUGGUCUGCAGAGCAGCGGUGAGACAGCAGCCCAGGGCACGCUUCUCCGCUGAGGGGCGUGCUUCAUCGCCUCCCCAGCAUCACCAACGGAUCCCCCUCAGCACUUCAACCCCCGACGGUAAAGCCGCGGUGCCGGCUCCUCCAGGGAGCAGGAAGGCAAGCCCCUUCUGUCACUGCCGCUGAAAAAAAAGGCAUUUCCCUUCCUCAUCCUCCAGCAAGAGCAGGGGCACAGCUCUACACAGAGCCAGGGCUGUCUCGACACCCCUGCCAGGCAAAAAUUGGCUGUGGCAAGAGAGGUGCUGGUUUCCGCAGCGAGUUCUCACUCGCCGUUGGCUGGAGAGGGCCAGUUUUAGCAGACAGCACUGCAUGUUAGUUUACAAACCCAGCCCUGCACGUUCGGCCUCUGUGAGUGUUCAGUUUCCCCAUGGAGCACCCUUCUGCUGUUCCACCUUGGUGAAGACAGUGUCCUCCUCUGGUAGACAUGCAAGUUCCUCCUUGGCACAUGCGCAGACACGUUUCGGUUUUUGUUCCAGACAGGAAGGUCUUGACCCCCCCCUCCCCAAGUUUGUUUCACAGGCAGGCUGCUGCCGGGAGCAGCGCUGAGCAGACAGGACCCGCCGGGACAGUGGGACAGCAGCGUGGCCCGCAGCAGGUGGGGAGCACACGGCCGCCUUUGGCCAGCACGCAGCACCGGGCCGGCCAUGGCGUGUCCUCCAGUUCCUGCUGCGGGAGCGGGGAGCUGCCCUGUCCCCGUCAGCCGGGCAGGAGCAGGCCCCCGCAGGCAGCAGCAGCAGCAGUAGCAGGAGGCAGCUCACAUCGCUGCAGCCACCACGCGGUACAGGCAACGAGGCACAGGACAGCACUUAGAGGAGGCGCAGGCAGCGUCCAGCCUGGGUUGGGGUCGGUCCACGGCUGGACGAGAGGAAGGACUAAGAUACUGCACAAGGGUAAGAGUUGCACUAGAAGAGUCAAGACCCUCCUCUGUGUAGCAGGACUAAAAACUAGCAGAAAGACCAAAAGGUCUGAGAUUUGCUGGUUACAACACUUUCUGUGCUACAUGUGCAAUAUAUUUGUUAUGAAUGUUAUCACAAAGUCAGUUCAUUCAAUAAUCUUUUACUCACUGUAGCUAGAUGUUCUACGUUCAUUCAAGUGACUUUUAUUCGAGUGCAAUAUUUCAAUAGACAUGUAGUGACCUAGUAUGCUUUGUGUUUUAGAGAAUCUGUGUGCAGAGCAAUGCAAUUAAGUUUAAAACCUUGUAAAUAAAACAGGUUGCAAACCAAAAAAAAAAAAAAAAAAGAGUAUUAGGCUUGCAUUUAAUUUCUGUGAGUGUUUCAGUAUUGUGCAUUAGGCCGCCUCAGUACAGACCCUGUGUUCUCUGUGCAGGUAUUAAUGGAGGAGUGGCUCCUCGGCUGUUGAAUGCUCCCUGUUAAUGCUUUACUGCUUUAACUGUAUUCAUUUUUCUAGACUCCUGUCUGCACAAAAUGCAAUAAAUGAUUUUAUUACACCCUUCA